AUGUCCCUGGGAGGGCAGAUAAGCUGGAGGAAGAAGCAGGGUAGCUGGAAGGACGAGGAGCAGGUGGAGCCUCCCUCACCUACAAAGGAGCCAGAGGGAGGACUGGCCUGCUGGAGGCGGCCCUGCAGGCUGAGAGGGACUCACAGAGGGUCCCAGCACAGAGCCGCACUCACCAUGCUGCUCUGCCUCGCCCUGCUCCUCCUGACGGGGCUGUCUGCCUGCACCGUGGCAGGUGACAAGAAACUGGCACCCGGUGGCACUGAAGCAGGGUCUUUGGUAACCGUGACCCUGGAGGAAGGUGUCGCCCCCAGCAUUCAGCUCCAGCUUCAGGAGGUGAAGAGGGACAAAGCCAGCCAGUUCUUUCCGCUGAUGGGGAAGCAGGCGGGAGGCAGAGGACGAGGACCAUGGGCCAGAGUGAGAGCCCCCAUCCCAUGCUUCCCAGAGGAUGAAAACCCUUCUCCAUACCUGGACGCUACAGCUGACCAGCCGGCCAGGCCAGCUCUCUUCUCUGUGUCUGUCCUGUGCUCAACACCGGCAUGUCCCACGAGGCUCGCAGUGAACACCGUGGGGCUCCUUCCAGGACUCCCGGGCUCAAGAAGCCGUCGUGCAUAAAUGGGCACUGUUGUCAGUCUCAUGCUGGAGUGACCUUGUCCUCCCCCAGCACUCUUAUUUCAUUGCAUAGCAGGAUGAGUCUGCCCCCCUCCCUUCUCUAUCUUCUAUGCCCAGAACAUAGUAGGGGCUCAAUAAAUGAAUGAACAAUGAUGGCUUCUUCUCUAGUACAUUUCAGAAGGCAGAAGUGGCCUGGGCUCUGCACCAUGCCCAGCAGUUAGUCACAUCAGCAGGCCAGGGGCCUUUCCCAGAAUUGCGAAGGGCAACACUAACAGCCCUGGUCCCCACCCUAGAAUGGGAAAACAGGUUUGCAACGCAGGUAAGGGCAACAGCCCCAGCCUGAACGCAGACACUCUCCCGACUCAGUCAUGAUCUCAAGGACCCAAAUCCACAUGUCUUCUGAGUUGGAGAAGUGGAUCCCCGGUCCUUCAUCCAUUCUCUUGUGGAGGGUAACUG